AUGGCGGUUCAAGAUGGCGGGCUCCGUGGAAGAGGACCCACUCCCCCCUUUAAAACCUCAUUCUCAUCCAAGUGGUUGGGUGCUCCCUCCUGCCAGCGAGGCAGCUAUGCCUUCUAUAAGUCGGUGAGCAGCAGAGCUCAACCCGACGGGCCCGCCCAGGUGUGGAAGCUCGGGGAGUUUUACUUCAUCCGCUGUGGACCGCAGGAUCCAGUGUGCGUCGCAGAGGUGACCUUACUGUGGGAGGACCAGACACGGCACCAUCUGCUGGCCAGCACCAGACUGUAGUUCCUGCCCGAGGACACACCAAAGGGCCGGACCAGGGAGCACGGAGAGGAUGAGGUUCUCGCGGUGUCCAGGAAGAUGGUGGUGCGGGUUGAGGACCUGGUGCUGUGGUCAUGUGCACAGCCAGCAGGUUGGAGCAGCAGCCUGAAACUGCCACCCUGCGGGAUCAACGGCCUCCACAAGCCUCUGCAGAGCAGCGAUGGUAACAGCAGUAACACGCCCAGCAAGAGCAGCGAGCCGCUCAAAGACAAACCUGAGAACGACCUGGUGGAGCAUCAGGGCAUCAAAGUGCUCAGCUACCCGCAGUAUUGCCGCUUUCGCUCUCUGCAGAGACGCGUCCAGGAUGGAGCGAGGGGGCCGGUGCUGCAGGACCCACAUCUGCUGGCCCUGGGUGCCGUCAAAGCGCUGCCCAACACCCGACUGAUGUACUGCAGGGACACCUUCAGCCACCCGACGCUGGAGAGCAGUGCCAGUUUCUCCUGGCAGUUCAGAUGUCCGUCUCUCAGUCUUCGAGGGCGACCUCGCAAGAGGAGAGGCCGAGACGGCAAAGACUCCCCGACCUCCAGCCAAUCAGAGUCCUGGAUUGAGAGGAUGAAGGAGAACGUGAUGGGCAGUGUGGAGGUCGGCUGUGAGGGCAGCUGGCUCCCUCACCCUGAAGAGCAGCUGUUCCUGGAUCAGCUCUUUGCCUUCAUGGACCGUCAGGGCUCACCCAUCCACAAAGUCCCCAACCUUGGCUUCAAGAAGAUUGACCUCUUCCUCAUGUACUCUGUGGUCAGACGGCUCGGGGGCUACAAAAAGGUGACAGUGGACCGUCUCUGGAAAGUGGUUUAUAACGAGCUGGGAGGAUGCCCUGGCAGCACCAGUGCUGCUACCUGCACCAGGAGACACUACGAGAGGCUGAUGCUUCCUUAUGAAGAGCACCUUAGAGCAGGAGGAGCAGAAUUCAAAAUCCCAGAAUCCCCCAUGCCUCCCAAACCCAGAGGGAUAAGAGGAAGGAAACCACUUCCAAGAGGCAGAAAACCAGGACCCAAAGCCAAGGAGAAGAAGAUUGCAACCCCUGCUUCUCCUUCUCGGACUAUUGUGAACACAAACGGCACCAUGGUGGUGAAGAGAGGCAGAGGCCGGCCGCCGGGUACACGCAACAAGGCCACGCUGAUCGCUCAGGCGAAGCUGCUGGCUCAGCAGCAGGCUAAAGCCAAAGCAGCAGCUGAGUCUCAGCAGCAGAGUCCUCUGCUUCCAGCCAGAGGUGGAGUCGGACCAGCAGCCAGCAGCGCACACAGGCCCGCCCAGCCAGCUAUCCUUCCCGUCAACAUGCCCCUCACCCCUGACCUGUCCCCCAUGUCCGCCCCCUUCCUCCCCUUCCAGCCCAAACCAAAGGAGCUGAAGCCGGACAGAGGGGAGUCUAUGGCUCCUACUCCAGGUGUGCUCCUUUCCACUCUGCCUCGGCACUUUGUUGGAGGAUCUCUGGGCGGCUUCAGCCCCAUCAAAGGUGUGUGCCCCCUGGAUGUCUUCCGGAGCCGCAUUAGCCUCCAGAGAGGCCCGGAGAGCCCGGCCGUGACGCCUCAAGACUCAACCCAGCACCAUCCGACCAUCUACACCCUCCGCCCGGAGAGCCCGGCCGUGACGCCUCAAGACUCAACCCAGCACCAUCCGACCAUCUACACCCUCCAGCCCAAAAGCGGGAGCCCGGACACGCCUCAUCCCAGCGGAGACCAGCUUCAGCCUCAGCCCCACCCGCUCAACCAGCAGCACAACCGCUGCUCGGGUUGUAACGUGGACGAGGCAGCCCAGAGAGGAGGCAGUCGGGACGCCAGGAACCGGCCUCCUCUGCCCCCUCUACGGGUCCUGCCUUUGAACCUGGACUGCAGCGUUCAGGUGUGCCAGCUGAUGAGGACUCGUCUGGGCUCGUCUCAGUUCCAGACCUUCACCCGCCGACUGUCUGAGGCUCUGUCCCAGGACCUGAGCACCAAGCCCCCCUGCUCUCCCAUCACCCCUCCCCCGGAACAGGCGCUGCCUCUCAACCUCAGCAAACGCUUCACAGCUAAGAGACCCAGCACAGAGGGGCCAGAGCCGAGUCCGGCAACGAUCAAUGGAAACACAGAUCAACCUCCAUCCAAGAGACCCAGAGCCGGCUGCACAGAGCAGGCGGAGGACUUCAACCCGGGCGACCGGUCCAGCUCUGGAGGGAGUGCAGGUGGAGGAGGAGAGCAAGAUGUGACUAAGAACCAGGAGGAACCCGCAGACCUGAGCUCCCCCAGCAGGAUCAGGGCCUUCCUGCUCGGGCUACCACCGUUCCAGGUGAAAUUCGAGGAGGAUCUGAACGGGACGAGAUUUGGGAAAUUUCUUCCUCCGGGAUCUAAGGCUGAACCCCAGAGGACCGAGACAGAGAAAGCAGAGGGAGGAGUGGCGGUAAAGAAAGAAGUAAAAGAGGAGGAGGAGGUGUGUGAAAUAGAGCGAUGUGAAACUGAGAGGAGCAACAAACUACAGAAGUCGGAGCAGGAGGAGAAAGACCCCCCCCACCUCUCUGGUCCUGGCCCAGCAGAGCUGAAGAGAGCCGGGCCCUCAAACACUGACACACACUGUUUUUAGCAUUAUUCCCUCUGUUCAUAUUAGCAUUUUGUGAUCAGAAAACUGUCUGAUUAGUCGGGGAUUUGUCGGUUUUGGAAUCUGGAAAAUUAUAUAUCCACUUGGGCUUGGUGAUGGUUUUGGACGCCGGAUUAUUCAGUAGUUAAUUCGGCUCAGGUUAAAGCCUGAAUACGCGGAGCAGGGAUGUUUUCUUUUCUUCAUCUUUUGAGAACAUUUGAACUCACAACUUCUCUUUGUUUCCCUUUUUUUUUUUUGUUGUCUCCUGUUGGUAUUUCCUGUUUUUUUUUUUCUGGUUUUUGAUCACGUCGUUGAUUGAACUGCAGAGGAAUGACGACACAGAGACUCAUGACAAUCACAAAUCAGUUUCUCUUCCUAUCUCUCUUGAUUUCUGUCUCUUUACGGUAAAAAAAGAAACAGAGGGGUGAGACUGUGACUCUUUAACAAACACUGCCAUAACCCUCCAUAACACUAUUAACUCCACUAUUCAAUGUUACAGUGAAAUAUUGAAUAAGAUCCAUAUUACUUAAAAUAAAAAUCAUCUAUCUAUGGGUGAUGCUAUGCAUCAAGCCAUCAUUAAUUAGCGUCUAGAGUGUACUGUAGUUUGCUAGGUUCAUUAUUAAAUUGUACUCUACUUCUGUAGAGAGAUAGUUAUUUUCUGAUAAAGUGUCUAGAUGUUAUCUGGAGCUCUGAGUGAAGAGCUCCUCAGUCUUCACAUUAUAGCUCGUUAAGUGAAGCAUUUCUAUAGUCCUGCUCGUUAGCUGAAAUUAUAUAAACCUUUCUUACACACAUGUGCCUUAAAUGGCCUGCGAUCUGUUUCAUCGCCGGCUUCAAAUACAUUCAGUUAAAGAGAUACCUUGAUGUUGGACCUGUUUAGUUUUCCUUGACUCCUCAGUCAGGCAGAGUAUCUUUGCCUUUCUCCGCCUGAGUUUCUGUUUGAGGAAUAUAAAACAUGCGACUUUGGACUAAAGAAGCCAAAGUUCUCAAAUUUCUAAAUGUCUUAAUAUAAGCAGCUAAAACGGUUCAAAUGUAGGCUUAAAUCAAGAUUUCUGAUCAAAGAAUAUGUAAAGUACAGAUCUGAAUAGAUAUUGCUGCCACAUUUUGUCCGAUACCCAGCCCUGCUGUCUGCUUCCGGCCACGCCUUGGCGCCGUCGUCUCGCCUUCAUCACUGCUACUGUUCAGGUUGUUCAAACAGUAAGAAAUCACAUGAGUGCAGGAGGAAGAAUUGUGUGUAGAGAUCAUACAUGAACAUGUAGCCCAAACAUUCACACUACCUCAGGUUUUUUCUUCGUUUCUAUUAUUCCCACCUGCUUUAUCUGUUUCACAGGGGUGGAGCCUAUCCCAGCAUGCAUUUGGUUAGACGGCAGGGUUGGAUGCUGGUCCAUAAACACAGACGGACACACUUUGACCCCAUUUCCACUUGGCAUUAAAGGACCAGGCUGGUGUUUUUCUAUAGGUUUCCCAUGAAGAGACCAAAACAAACACUGUGCUACUCUCCACACUCUCUCACGUCCUGUCUGCGGCUCUCAGUAGGAUACAUUCGUUGUUAGUUUUGGUCUUUUAAUGGGAUUUGACGACAAGAAAAAUACAGAAUAAUCUUUAAACCUUGAAUCUGUAUCUGGAUACAUUGCAUUUGCACUUACCCCUGUGUAAGUAAGCGCUCUUCUUAUCUCCGUUCAGACUUCAUUGCGAUCGGAUCUCAGAUUAGGUGCACAGUAGGCAGGCAGAUGGCAGACUAGUCUCAGGUGAAGGGACGUUUAUGGGCUCUACUUAUUUUUCCUUUGCAGAAGAAGGGCUCAUCUGUAGCUGUGAGACGGGACGAGACUGUUGACCUUUCAAUUUGUAUUUCUCACAUGAAUGGUUUGAAGACAUUUUGGGAAAUACAAAGUUAGAAUAUGGAUAAAACUCUCAGGUCUGUUCAGUGAAUAUGAAGCGGCUAGCAGACACUUAGCUUAGCACAAAGACUGGAAACAGAGAAACGUCUUACCUGGAUCUGCCCAAAGGUUAAAAAAAAACAACUUACCAACCUCUAAAACUCAUUAUUUAACACUUUAUAACUUGUUGUAAAGUGUUAAAUAAUGUGUGUGAAGUGUUAGUGGGUUAUGUACCAGACUAUUUGCUGGUCCCAGCCAAGAAGUAGUCUGGUACCACCCCAUGAAAAACUAGAGAUUGUGUUGUUUGUGAGCUUUAAAGGAUUUUUUUUAACCUUUUGUACAGAGACAGGCUUGCUCUCUGGUCUUUUGUGCUAAGCUAUCUGCCGGCAGCAGCUUCAUAUUCAGCGUACAGACACGCGAGUGGUAUCUCCUCGACUUAACACUUUCCCCCCUUCAAAAAAAUGUGGAAGUAUCGCUUCAAGAAUGUGGCCAAACUGUACAGAUGUCUUUAACACCUGGCUGAGAUCUGAUUGUUUUCUGACUGUUAUGCGAGUUUGGUCCAGAUAAGAUGUCCAGAUACAGAUCGUACGUUUAAUGCCAGGUGAAACUCACUCUGCUUCACCAAAGAACGUGUUGGCGUUUUCCCCACGUAAACCAAUCCACCGCUCCACCCAGACUCUCUCAUCUCAAGUGCCAACACAAAAACCACUGACUCCAUAUUGUGACAAAAAAAAAAAACCUUGUGUAGCUGGAAAAAAAUUAAAAUGUCAAGGUAUCCCUUUAAUCGCAGCCUUUUCCUUCGACUCGUCUCUGUUUGUUUUUCUGCCACAGACGUUGGUUCAGAUUUGCACACCUACUGUACCAUUUGCUUCAUUUGUUUUUUUUUUUUGUUUUUUUUUCCAUAUUUAUAUUUGCCAACGUAUUGUUGUCGUAUUAUCUUACAGUAGUGGAAUCAACUACGACACCGAAAUUAACUGGUGCUGUUUGUUCUUAGUUUUGUAGCUAUUGCCAUAUUGUUGUUUUUUUUAUUAUUGAUAAAGCUGCAAAUUCUUUUCAUCUCAGCAAGUCAUUAAAUCUUGACUUGAGCCUCAAAGAGCUUAAUGAAAACUCACAGCAGAUUUAUUUGUCCAGAGAGUUUUAAGAAAAUAUUUUAAAGGACUAAAUUAAAAGAUACUAUGACUUGUUAUGAAAAUAUUUGCAGUUUUUCCCGACUGUUGGCUUCAUGUGAGACAGAUAUGAAUUGUUUGUGAAUGAAUGAAUGCAUAAGUAGAGAAAUGUAUACUCAGUAGAUCAUAGCUGGGCAGAUGCACCAAAGCACACGUUCUUCACCAGAAACCACCAGACUCAAACCUCCGUAAUCUUUCUAUAACAUUUAUAAAUCAUGUUUAAAUCAGAGUUAUCAUUAGUAUUUCAGGAUAUUGUAAGUCAUUUAUUUUACUGCUCCUGUCUGUCUUAAUGGUAACGUCUGAAAUGAGCAGUAACAAGGAGAAGACGGUCAAAUACUUCUUCCUCUUUGUGACUAUUUCUUGAAAACAAAAGUCAUAUUUUGAUCAAUGCAGUAAGAUUUGAUAUAUCUCACAACAUGUCUGAUAAUCUUACAACAAGGGUAAAUGUAUAUUUUGUGUCUCACUCUGCUUCAUCAUGCCUGUAAACCUUUAUUUAUUGAGGUGAGUUGUUUGAGUCUGUAUCAAACUCGAGCAGUAAAGGCCUCUGUAAGCUUCAGAGGAAAGAGUUUGUAUGACGGCGGCUAAAGACUAAAGUGUGUAAAGCUGUUCCGAACAGCCGCGCUCGACGGCGGGGUGAAGAGUCACCGAGAACGAACACAUACUCGUCGUUACACAACAACUCCAAGAAUUGUGAUUCUUGGAGUCUUCAAAAAAAGAAAAUGACGGCCCGCACUUUGAGGCAAUCUCUGCUUUAAGACAUUCACGGUGUCGCACUCAGUUGCUCGUAAGAAAAGUGACAGAAGUAGAAGCUGCUUUUACUCCUCCACAGACCUGACCACCGAUCACUGUACAGAUGGAGCCAAUGUCAGACACAGUUGUGCUGUCAGUUUUAUUUAGAUUACUUUAUUGUCCGUUAAAUGUACAUAAAAUGAAAAUUCAAUGUGCACAUGUACUAUAAAUACUAUGAUAAUUUAGCCCAUAGAUGUUUUCCAAGAACUGGAAUCUGGACUGGAAAAUGGCGACCAGUCAGUUAAAUGAAACUUGCUCGCCGAGUGCAUCGGGCCAAAAAAAAUAGUUUCCAUGCUUCAUGGUUUACUUCCUCAUUGUGCAGUCCACCGCACAUGCUCAGUAGUGCGUCUUACCUCUGAAAAUAAAAAUAGCUUUUCUAGACUCUGAGUUUUUACGUUUUUACAAAUAUAAAAUCUUAAUGAAUUAAAAAGAUGCCUUGUUUUUGCAGUUUUAAGUAUCCUGUGAACAGUUUUACAGAGGUCUCUUUUAUAAUGGAGGUCAAUGGGGAGAAUUAUUUAUUUAGAUGUUGCAAUACCUCAAACAGCCACUCGGGGCAGAUUGUCAGCAUUGUGCCGUUCUAAUAGAUUAGUAGAGCCGCCUCCGACAGUAAACGAGGGACUGAACUUCCGUUUUAUUCUCUACAUAAUUACUUUUGUCACUUUGGUGUGCGAACAGUCGAGUGCAACACCGUGAGUUUCCAGGAUUUUCACCCUUUCUGGUGUGGCUGCACAUACAAACACUUUUGCCUUCAGACAACACUGCACACAAACUAGUUCGUUUCAGGCGUACCCGGCCUUUAACACUCACCUACUGGGAGCUUCCCAGUCAAACCACAGCUCCACUGGACCAGUUUUAUCUCAGUCUGACUCUCCUGAACUUUUUGCCUUAGUUUUAUGUUUUGGUU